AUGUAUCGGCAACUCAUAGUUUUCAUAGCAAGUUUUAUUCUAUUCAGUAUUAAUUGUACUUGGGCAGCUAAUUGGGCAGUACUUGUUGCUGGUUCUAAUGGUUGGUAUAAUUAUCGACAUCAAGCUGAUGUUUGUCAUGCUUAUCAAAUUUUACAUAAAAAUGGUAUUCCGGAUUCAAAUAUUAUUGUUAUGAUGUAUGAUGAUUUAGCUCGAAAUAUUGAAAAUCCAACUAAAGGUAUUGUUAUCAAUCAUCCGAAUGGAGCCGAUGUUUAUCAUGGUGUACCUCAUGAUUACACUCAUUUGGAAGUAACACCAAAAAAUUUUAUACAUGUUUUACUUGGUAACAAAGAAGCUUUGAAAGGUGUUGGUAGUGGUAAAGUUUUAGAAAGUGGUCCCGAUGAUAAUGUCUUCAUCUAUUUUACUGAUCAUGGUGCCGUUGGCUUGGUUGCAUUUCCACAUGGUGUUCUUCAUGCCAAAGAAUUGAAUGAAACAAUAACUAAAAUGUAUACCCAAAAGAAAUACAAACAAAUGGUUAUUUAUAUUGAAGCAUGUGAAUCAGGUUCAAUGCUUGAAAAUCUUCUACCAAAUAAUAUAAAUAUAUAUGCAACAACAGCAUCAAAUGCUGAAGAAUCAUCAUAUGCUUGUUAUUAUGAUGAUAAACGACAAACAUAUUUAGGAGAUGUUUAUUCAGUUGUUUGGAUGGAAGAUUCUGAUGUUGAACAAAUUGAUUUAGAAACUUUAUAUCAACAAUUUUUAGUUACACAAAAAAAUACAAAUACAAGUCAUGUUAUGCAAUAUGGUGAUCUUAAUUUAGGUAAAAAUCAUAAUGUUAGUGAAUUUCAAGGUGCAACAAAACAAAUAUAUAAACCUAUUCGUAAUUUAUUAAAGAAACAUAAUGCUGCACUUCGACGUGAUGCUGUUCCUACUCAAGAUGUUCGUAUUUCAAUUGUUAGUCGUCGUUUAGCUGCUGCAAAAGAUAAUUCAGUCGAAAAAGAAAAAUUAGAACAUGAACUUGCACAAUUAUAUAAAGAUCGUGAAAUAAUAACAGCGCGUAUUAUACAAAUAGCUUCAACAGCAUUGUCAUUAAAUCGUGGUGGUUAUUUAGAAAUUGUUACAGAAAAACGUAUGAAAUUAACUCAAUAUAGUUGUUAUCAAUCUGUAGUAGAACAUAUUCAAGAAAAAUGUUUUGAUCUUCAAAAUGAAUUUGUUCUUAAUAAACUUUAUAUCAUUGCUAAUCUAUGUGAAAUUGGUUUAUUAGAUUUAACUAUAAAUCAAGCUAUUGAUCAAGUUUGUAAUGAACGACUUCAAUUUGAUUAUUAA